GGGAUGCGCUGAGCGUCACCGUUGCCUAGCAACUCUCCUUGAUCGAACGCAGCUUAGCAACAUUGUAGCAGCAGCUCCGCCCUGUGGACCAAUCAGCAGGCAGGGAGCGGGCAGCCUUAGAUCAGGGAGAAGGAGCUGCGGCUGGUGUGGUAUCUAGAGCCGGGGAGACACGUGUGGGUCCGGGGGAGAAGCAAUGAGAGGACGGGUCUCCUAGGAGCUGCUUGGAGGUGACUACAUUCACAGCAGGUGAGCUUUUAAAGAAAUGUUUACUUCGCUAUGCAAAUGGCUAAGAGGGACCAUUGAUGAUUCCUGCGUGAGUCGUAUUGCGGAGUGAACUGUAACUUCAAGGCACAUCUCUAGAAAGACAAAUUCAUUUCAACAACGUCGAAAGUAGCCUACUUUAAGAGGAAAUAUGCAGAAGAAGAAAAUUUACAUCAAGGUUACCAGGGGUGUUUUCCAAAACACCUGAUAAUACCAGAAGACCGGACCUGUAUCCUCAAACUAUCUCUGGAAAAGCUUCGCUUCCUAGAAGACCCAGAAAUCUACUUACGGAGAUCAGUGUUGAUCAAUAAUUUGCUCAGGAAGAUCCACCUGGAAGCCGAUGAAAACUAUGACUACUACAAGGGAAGCCCUAGCAGCAGGAGUCCGUAUUCAGACGCUAGAAAACGGGUGAAGCUCAUGGUGAAAGGUUGUUAUUCCCAAUCGCUGCACUAUGAGGAGUUGUGUUCAUAUCAUAUUGUGCCUUAUGCUGCUGAAAAUAUGUGUCCGAUGGGCUAUUCCAACAGUCACCUGACACAGAACUCUCCGCUGCUAAUAUACAGGCUGAAAGAUUGACCACCGCCGUCCCCGGACUGGAUCUUGUCAAAGUCAAUGGCGUCCAGAAGUGGAAACCGCGAUACAAUAUGGCACAGCUUACAAGUAAAGUUAUAGGAGAUCAAAAGCGACCGGUGAAAUUAGCAACACAAACCAGCCUGCUGGCCGACACUUUACCUAUGUGAUUGUUCAAAGUUGCAUUGCUUUUUCAUGACCUGUAUGCAUAUGAUGCACAUGUGUCUAUUGCUGACGAUGCUAGAUAUUGUACGAGAGAUCAUUGCAUUUUUAGAUAUUUUUGGAUAUUUCAUUUUAGAUUUGAUUGAACAUGAGAUUUAGCUUUAUUCUGAGCAUUUUGAAUAGAGUUUUGUCACAGGGCAGUGUUUGCUACAAGUCUGUAUAAGCUGGUAGUUUUCAGGUUAAUAGUUCAUCUUUAUUGUAGGCUAAAUUCACACUUGCAUUAGAAUAUUACAGUGUUUAGACACAAGUGGUUGGCAUAACUGAAGCAAAUUGGGCAAGGAAUAUGCCAUGCAUCCUCCAUAGGAGUGAAAAUGCAGAAGAGGCAAAUGCAGAAGGGCUAACUGCUGUUUAUCUUACAUCAUUUUAACAGAGAAGUAUAGAGAAAUAAUUUAUGUUAAAGGUGUUGUCUCAUCAUAGAGAAUGGCAACAUGUUAGAUAUUGGGACCAUUGUCCACUGGGCUGGGGUGGCUCCUGUCAGUUACUGGACGUGGCAUUCCUACUUUGUCUUCUUACAGCUCCUACUUGGUCUUUUCUGUCUUCAUUAGGGCUCAUUCACACUAUGGAACUCAGCAAGCAAUAUUUUCUUGCUGAAUUCCAUUUGAACCGUGCCCUUUCUGCUCCAUGGUACUGGAGAAGAAAUAAGGUGUAAUCAGCACUUAUUACUGUGGCAAUAUGCAGUGGAAAUAAACACAAAAUUCAAACUUAGAUACGUUAGACAAUUUAUUCCAGGCCUGUUCUAUGCGCCUCACUAGUACAGCCUGCAGCCUAAGUACAGCCUGCAGCCUAAACAUCAAAAUGGGCUUUAGAUGGUGCUGAGACUGCAGGCUGUGCUAGUGAAGGACAUAGAACAGCUCGGCAGCACUGACUUGCUGGUAUUACCGGUAUCGCACCUUCUCCCCCUUUAGACACACAACACUCUGACCAUUUUAAGUGGUGGAUCUUGUGGGGCUGUGCAUGAUGCUGUAGCAGCUCUGUCUUGGCAGAGGAGUGUGGGGAGGAGAGGUGUAGGCCGGGGAACACUGGUGAGAGGAGACAUCAGCAAAGCUACUGAUGGAUUCAAGAAGAUGAUUGAACAUUUUCAAUCUUCCGCUGGAAUCUCAUUCCUAUGUUGGAACGUCCAUUGUGAAACGUCCGACGUGUUAACUGAGCAGCUGAAAUCAAUAAGAUGGCAGCGGAUUCCGCCUGGAAUUUGCUUGUGUAAACAGGGCCUAAAAACUGGGGAAGUGUACACUGUACUUUCCUAGUUUUGCUGCCACAACAAACGAAGUCCUGGAAGCUGCACUGAUACUGUCACUCCAAUGUACACUCCAACCAUCCAAGGUUUAGAUACUCCAAGGCUUUUCAUUUUCCUAAAACAACGCAUUUCAGGAAUGUUCUCUGCUUCUUCAGGUUACGGACAAAAGGCCUAUGAUCAGGCUCCAAUCACAAACUGGAAAACAUACCUUGUAAUUAUCACGUUUUAGACACUUUUUGUGCCUUGUUCUACAAGGGCUGUGGCCUAUUGGUAAGGGGGUGUGGCAUAAAAUAAAACAACUUGCAAAAAAAUUGCAACCUGAUAUUAGCAUUAUAUAAGCCAACCAAUAGGUGGUAUAAAGUAAUGGCCCUAUUAGAUGGCCCAAUGCUUGCUUUCCAACACACAAUUUCGCUUGUCCGUCACUGAUUGCUGGCCCUAUUACACAGGGCAAUGUUGGCCUGUUCAGGGCCUUCAGACAACUAAAGAUGCACCAAAUUUAUCAAACAGCAUGAGCUACUGUGAUAAAAUUGGUGCUUCUUCAGACUGGUCUAUAUUUAUGCUGUCUAAGUAUUAGACAGGAUUAGUAGUUCUGCCCCAAUAUGUUAAGACGGCCAUGCACAUUAGAUGAAUACCAACAUUUUAAUGUGUAAGGGGACCUCCAUCCUAAGACAUGCACAAAGUAUGCCAGUUAUGCCUAUGACUUGCGUUUAAAAAAAUAUAACGUAUUCUAAUACAAGUGUGUAUAGGGCCUUACUAGGAGAUAACUCAUGUCUGACUUGAUCAUGUAUAGUAUAAUCUGCCUCUAUUUUCCUUUCUUUGAAAGAAAAGCAGUUAUUUUUGUAAAAAGAUGACUUAUUUCAAGAAAUAAUGUGUUUUGAGGGUUGAUCCCCAUUGAUAUCUUGUAUAUGUGAUGGAUUUUAUUAUAUAGCUGGGUGCCGCUGUGCUAAUUUGAGAUUAUUUAUUUCCUAUAACAAAUGCUUAUGUUGUCUUUUAUGUCCCGUGCAUUCUAUAAAUGGAAGUAAAAUUGCCAAAGGAGAGAAACCAACAUUUUUUUAAUACCAAAGACAUAUUUGAACUUCUAGCAACCAUGAAAGAAAUAUAGGACUCCUUGAGUUGUCUUCCUCUGCAUCUUUGUAACAUCUGUUCCUAUAUAAGCUGUGCCAUACACUUAAUAUAGUUAUCUCUCCUGAUCCCCUAUACCCAUGUCUACUCAGCUCAGCUUGUUGUGUAUCUGUUCUGAAUGGGAAGACUGGAAUGCUACCAGACUCCUCUGGCGGCGGCCCUUUUCCCAAAGAACAAAAGGCUGGGCACUUAAAAUCCAACAUGCUUCAUUCUUCUCUUUCCUGUCAUCAUCUGUCAUUGGACAAUCAGGAGGCCACUAUGCACAUUAGAUGGCUGGCCAGUCUCAUUGGCAAGUUUAGCCCACAUAUAUCUAAUGGGUAGGGCAUGUUUUAGGGUAUUAUUGAGACCCCUGGCUCAUCAAGGCUUAAUAAUUCCUGCUAUAGCUGCAAUUUUUCCGGGCUCCCUAUCAGCACAGUACAGGUGGCACUGUAGUUCAGCCCACAUAUAUCUAAUGGGUAGGGCACAUUUUAGGGUAUUAUUGAGACCCCUGGCUCAUCAAGGCCCAAUAAUUCCUGCUAUAGCUGCAAUUUUUCUGGGCUCCCUAUCAGCACAGUACAGGUGGCACUGUAGUUAGGGGCAGGGAUAUAACUAUGAGGGGGUGCAGAGGGUGCAUCUGGGCCCAGGAGCUUAAAGGGCCCAUAAGGUCUCUCUUUCCUAUAUGAGUAGAUCAGUACUGUAAACAAAGCAUUGCAUCUGAGGACUCUGUUGCAGAUUGUACAUUGGGACCCAGCAUCUUCAAAUUACUCCUCCAGUUAGGAGCUUACUCUCGAUUAUAUGCUACUUUCUGCCACCACAUGGAACUCAUGCAGUUACAAGCAAACAUUGGGCCACUUCAUUUCAAAAGUUCAUGAAAUGUAUAAUAUGGGUCAAAAGAGAUGCCUUAAAGGUGUUUUCUACCUUCAGAUAUUGAUGGCCUAUCCUCAGGAUUGAAUUGAGUGGAAGUUGAGCUGCAGUAUCCCGGUGCCAUCACUACUCAGUGUACAGAGCCAAGUCUUCUGGCUGAUGAACAUUGCCAAUAACUAGUUGUCACGGCUUAUCUGAACACCUGGCUGAGUUACGACAACCAGCCGAUCAGAUAUUGAUGGCCAAUCCUAAGGAUAGGCUAUCAAUAUCUGAAAUCAGUGAAGCCGUGUAGGCAGAUACUUCUUGUCUAGAUGACGGUAUUGCAGGUAAUUACACUGUUAGCCAAUGUUCAACCCCUAAAUCAAUGUCCUACCCAUACAAAAGCCUUAAACAUGACUAGGAUACCUGUUGAAGGGCAGCUACCUCCAAAUAAUCUCAAAGAGCAUUGCCGGGUCCAUAGUACAUCCUAUGCCAUCUUGGGUGUCUCAACAACUCAUUACCCCUUGGACCUUAAAUUGACAUGAUAAAGGAUCCUAUUUCUGUCUUUUCACUUAAUAAACAUCACCAAAUGUACAUAAGGGUUUACCAGAUUGAGGAUGGGCAUAAUGGAAAAAGCACAGGUGGCCCUGACAAUUUUACUGUUUUAGGCCUAUAUACUUCUAUGGUUUCACUGAGCAACUGUCACUCAGCUUUUUAAGAAUUUGGAUUGAGAACAUGACAGUAGAGGACAACUCAAGGUCUCCUAUUUACUACUAAUUUUAUGAUGUACGUAAGAAAUGCUCUACAAUGUCAGGAGAACGCCAGGGCACUUAGUUGUCAUUUGGCUUUAGAGCAUACUGCCAACCUCUGAGCCAUGUUUGUAUUGUUUUAUUCAUAGAGGACAAUACUUAGUAGUUUUACAGUUGAUAUAUUUUCAUGUUGUAACACUAAAAUAUAUUUUUUGUUUUGAGGCGCACAGUGUGAUUUUUCUGUUAUUCUAAUUUAAAUGGUGACAUUAUUUAAUAAAGUGUACCUGUCAAUGAAAGAAACUUUUGAUAUGUCCUAGAGGCAUGUAAAAAGUUCUUAUUGGUCAGGGUGUGAAUGUUUAGACCCCGUUGGAUGAUGAGAACAAGCAGGGAGAGAAGUAGGCAGCUACACGCUUCUUUCCUCCUCUUUGUGUCUGAGACCUGGACGACGGCCCCUAGGGUUACAUUACAGUCCUGUGACACAGAUCCGGGAGAGAAAGCGAUAAGCUCACACUUCUCUCAGAUCAUUCUUGAAAUUGAUCGGGGUCUGAACAUAAGCUAUGUACAAGCCUUGCCACUAUUCAGUUAAAGUUUUUUUUAAUUUGACUAUGCUACAGGGGCUGUAAAGUUAGUGUAGUUCAUAAUAUAGUGUCUGUACCUGUGUGUGAUGGUUUUGUCACAAUUCUUAUGUGAUUUUCACCCCAAUAUUUAUUUUUACCAGCAUACAAAAUGACUGCUGUCUCUGAUUUUUCCCAGCUUGCAAUGCGGUCGAGACCUGACUCACUAGUCAGCUGAUGACAAUGAUCCUGUCUGCUUCAAUGGGUGGUGAGAGCAAUCUGCAAGUAAUGCAACAGCUGUAGGCACCCUGAUUGAAAACCACAGGUCUGCAGCUUAUUUAUGUUUCAAUGGGUGGGGUGGCUGAUGUGUGGGAAGGAGGAAAAUCAUGGGAUUUGUAGGCAAACAAGAAAACUGAAAACAGGAAAAACAAGUUCACAAAAAGCUAGCCACAGUGUUAUGGUAAUCUCACAGCAUAGCCAUUUAGCCCAAGACAAGCGCAGAUCCUUCCUUAGCAUGUCCAUUACUGUCUGUCAGGUACGUACUAAAAUCACCUUAUGCUGGAUAACCCCUUUAAGUUUUACGUUAUGCAUAUCCUCAAUACUUACUUGUGUAAACUAACACUUUUACAAAAGAGACCAUUUUCUUCUGCCUACCUGCCUCAGCUACUAUUCUGAUCCUGCUACCCGCCUGAUGCCACACAUCUGAUGCCAAGUUCUCCUUUUUUCACCGGGUACUGGUAUUGCGUAUGGCCACCCACCACCCCACUAUGUCACCGGGUCACUUUCAGGACUCCUGAUGCUGCUGGUGCCACCUCCAGGCUCAUACUGCCACCAUAUUUUCUUCUCAUGCUGAUGCCAGCUCCAGGCUGUCUCAUACUGCCACCAUAUGUUCUCUUCAUGCUGAUGCCAGCUCCAUGUGGUCUCUUUCUGCCACCACAUGUUCUCCUCAUGCUGCUGCCAGCUCCAGGCUGUCUCAUACUGCCACCAUAUGUUCUCCUCAUGCUGAUGCCACCUCCAGGCUGUCUCCUACUGCCACCAUAUGUUCUCCUCAUGCUGAUGCCAGCUCCAGGCUGUCUAAUACUGCCACCAUAUGUUCUCCUCAUGCUGAUGCCACCUCCAGGCUGUCUCAUUCUGCCACCAUAUGUUCUCAAGCUGAUGCCAGCUCCAGGUUGUCUCAUACUGCCACCAUAUGUUCUCCUCAUGCUGAUGCCAGCUCUAGGCUGUCUCAUACUGCCACCAUAUGUUCUCCUCAUGCUGAUGCCAGCUCAUGGCUGUCUCAUAUUGCCACCAUAUGUUCUCCUCAUGCUGCUGCCACCUCCAGGCUGUCUCAUCCUGCAACUAUAUGGUCUCCUCAUGCUUCCGCCACCUCCAAUCUGUGUCAUUCAGCCACUAUAUGGUCUCCUCAUGCUGCUGCCAACUCCAGGCUGUGUCAUUCAGCCACUAUAUGGUCUCCUCAUGCUGCCUCCAACUACAGACUAUGUCAUUCAGCCACUAUAUGGUCUCCUCUUGCUUCCGCCAACUCCAGGCUGUGCCUUUCAGCCACUAUACGGUCUCCUCAUGUUUCUACCACCUCCAGGCUGUUUCAUUCAGCCACUAUAUGGUCUCCUCUUGCUGCCGCCAACUCCAGGCUGUGUCAUUCAGCCACUAUAAGGUCUACUCAUGCAUCCACCACCUCCAGGCUGUGUCAUUCAGCCACUAUAUGGUCUUCUCAUGCUGCUGCCAGCUCCAGGCUGUCUCAUACUGCCACCAUAUGUUCUCCUCAUGCUGAUGCCACCUCCAGGCUGUCUCCUACUGCCACCAUAUGUUCUCCUCAUGCUGAUGCCAGCUCCAGGCUGUCUAAUACUGCCACCAUAUGUUCUCCUCAUGCUGAUGCCACCUCCAGGCUUUCUCAUUCUGCCACCAUAUGUUCUCCUCAAGCUGAUGCCAGCUCCAGGUUGUCUCAUACUGCCACCAUAUGUUCUCCUCAUGCUGAUGCCAGCUCUAGGCUGUCUCAUACUGCCACCAUAUGUUCUCCUCAUGCUGAUGCCAGCUCAUGGCUGUCUCAUAUUGCCACCAUAUGUUCUCCUCAUGCUGCUGCCACCUCCAGGCUGUCUCAUUCUGCAACUAUAUGGUCUCCUCAUGCUUCCGCCACCUCCAAUCUGUGUCAUUCAGCCACUAUAUGGUCUCCUCAUGCUGCUGCCAACUCCAGGCUGUGUUAUUCAGCCACUAUAUGGUCUCCUCAUGCUGCCUCCAACUACAGACUAUGUCAUUCAGCCACUAUAUGGUCUCCUCUUGCUUCCGCCAACUCCAGGCUGUGCCUUUCAGCCACUAUACGGUCUCCUCAUGUUUCUACCACCUCCAGGCUGUUUCAUUCAGCCACUAUAUGGUCUCCUCUUGCUGCCGCCAACUCCAGGCUGUGUCAUUCAGCCACUAUAUGGUCUUCUCAUGCUGCUGCCACCUCCAGGCUGUCUCAUUUUGCAACUAUAUGGUCUUCUCAUGCUGCCACCACCUCCAGGCUGUGUCAUUCAGCCACUAUAUGGUCUCCUCAUGCUGCCGCCACCUCCACAGUGUGUCACUCAGCCACUAUAUGGUCUCCUCAUGCUGCUGCCACCUCCAGGCUGUCUCAUUUUGCAACUAUAUGGUCUCCUCAUGCUUCCACCACCUCCAGGCUGUGUCAUUAAGCCACUAUAUGGUCUCCUCAAGCUGCCACCAACUCCAGGCUUUGUCAUUCAGCCACUAUAUGGUCUCUUCAUGCUGCUGCCUCCUCCACGCUGUGUCAUUCAGGCACUAUAUGGUCUCAUAAUGCUGCCGCCACCACCAUGCUGUGUCAUUCAGCCACUAUAUGGUCUCCUCAUACUGAUGCCACCUCCAGGCUCUUUCAUUGUGCCGCUCUGCGACAGUGAUUCUAAUAGUGCCACUUCUAAUCUGCAUGUCAUACUGUAUAACAGUAUUAUUUCACUAACCCAGCACAUACCCUAUGUGUGUUACAGUAAGGCGAAGUGUUCUACACGCCUGUUGAGGCUCUCUGUAGGCCAGAAAUAGCCGUUUUAAUACAGAUUCGGCACUAAAAAAUUGGUACCGUACCACAUUUUUUGGGAACAUUCGGCGAUUUGGCCAAAUAGAAUUAAAAAAAAAUUUCGCUCAUCUCUAGUCAUGUUGCUCCUAUCAUGCAGCAUUGGUUCUAAGGGAAGUUACCCCCUACCACAGAAAGCCAAUAUUAUUGUGAUUGCACCAGCCACUUUGACUUUGUGCUGCAGUGCCUUAAAGAGGUAUUCCAGGCAAAACCUUUUUUUAUA